AUGUCUUCAAUUAUCAUUUUUAGGAAAGAACAAGAACCAGAUGAAAAAUGUAUGAAAUAUGCUAUUAUUUCAUUCAACAUUGAUUUUGUUACUUUUUUGAAGGAUGAAUAUGAAAUUGAUAUUGAUUUAAAAGUAUGCAGUAAAUAUCUAAAUCUUCAAGCAUUCUUUAUCAAUCUCGAUAUGACAUUCGAUUUUCAGAAAAGUUUUAUUUAUUCUCCUUGCUUUUCGCUUCUUUCUCUUGUUGAGUGUUUGAAAUCAAAUUGUGAUGAUAUCAAUGCUCGAGGGAUUAAUGGUUCAGGAGCUAUUCAUUUCGCAGCAACAUAUGAUUGCAAAGAAAUAUUGCAAUUUCUUAUUUUGAAUGGAGCUGAGAUUAAUUCUCAGCGUGAUAAUGGAACCACUGCACUUCAUAUUGCAGCUAUCAGAAACAAUAUAAAAAUAGCAGAAAUUCUUAUUUUACAUGGUCAUGACAUUAAUAUUCAAAGCUAUAAUGGAUGUACUCCUCUUCUUUUUGCUGCAGCAUUCAACAGUCCAGAAAUAGUAAAGCUCCUUAUUUCUCAUGGUGCUGAUAUAAAUAUUAAAACUGAUGACGGAAGAUCUGCCCUUCAUCUUGCAUCUGGUUUUAAUCAUAAAGAAAUAGUGGAACUUCUUUUAUUGCAAGGUGCACAAAUUAAUGAACAAGAUAGUAAUGGAAUGUCUGUUCUUUAUUAUGCAGCCCUUCGAAAUUGUACAGAACUCGCAAAACUUUUUAUUUUGCAUGGCGCAAAUAUUAAUGCAAGAGAAGUUAAUGGAUGUACAUCUCUUCAUUGUGCAUCUAGUAUGAAAAAUAAAGAAAUCGUUGAAUUUCUUAUUUUACAUGGAGCAGAUAUUACAUGCAAAAAAUAA